GAAGGGUGGGAUCCGGGAGUCGGGCGUCGGCGUCCCGGGCGGCAGCACGCGCUCGGCGCAGGCAUGGAGAGCGGAGGGCGGCCGUCGCUGGGCCAGUUCAUCCUUCUGGGCACCAGCUCCGUCGUCACCGCCGUCCUCUACUCCGUGUACCGGCAGAAGGCCCAGGUCGCCCAGGAGCUCAAGGGAGCUAAAAGAAUCCACUUGGGUGAAGAUUUAAAGAGCAUUCUUUCAGAAGCGCCAGGAAAAUGUGUGCCUUAUGCUGUUAUUGAAGGAGCUGUUAGAUCUGUUAAAGAAACUCUUAACAGCCAGUUUGUGGAAAAUUGCAAGGGGGUGAUUCAGAGGCUGACGCUUCAGGAACACAAGAUGGUGUGGAAUCGAACAACCCACCUUUGGAAUGACUGUUCGAAGAUCAUUCACCAGAGAACCAACACAGUGCCCUUUGACCUGGUGCCCUACGAAGAUGGAGUGGGCAUGUCCGUGCGCGUGCUCAAGCCCCUCGACUCGCUGGAUCUGGGCCUGGAAACUGUGUACGAGAAGUUCCACCCCUCCAUCCAGUCCUUCACCGAUGUCAUCGGCCACUACAUCAGCGGAGAGAGACCCAAGGGCAUCCAGGAGACAGAGGAGAUGCUGAAGGUGGGGGCCACCCUCACGGGGGUGGGCGAGCUGGUGCUGGACAACAACUCCGUCCGCCUGCAGCCCCCCAAGCAGGGCAUGCAGUACUACCUCAGCAGCCAGGACUUCGACAGCCUGCUGCAGAAGCAGGAGUCCAGCGUCCGCCUCUGGAAGGUCCUCACCCUGGGCUUCGGCCUCGCCACCUGCGCCGUCCUCUUCUUCAUCCUCCGGAAGCAGUACCUGCAGCGGCAGGAGCGCCUGCGCCUCAAGCAGAUGGAGGAGGAGUUCCGGGAGCACGAGGCCCAGCUGCUGAGCCGGGCAGCGCCCGAGGAGCGGGAGAGUCUGAAGAGCGCCUGUGUCGUGUGCCUGAGCAACUUCAAGGCCUGUGUCUUCCUGGAGUGCGGGCACGUCUGCUCCUGCGCCGAGUGCUACCGUGCCCUGCCGGAGCCCAAGCGCUGCCCUAUCUGCAGGCAGGACAUCACCCGGGUCGUCCCCUUGUACAACAGCUAACGGCUGGACACAGCAGGGAGCCCCCACCCUCCUCCCAGGGCCGGGGGGUCCAGGCCUUUAGAACAGCAGUUGGGGCAGCUGCUCUGUCCAGGGGUGGGGGGACACCCAGACCUCGGGCCUCCACCAGCAAGAUGCUGCCUUUCUAACCUCAGGCACCCCGGGCAGUGGGGGGUGGCCCCCAGGCGGGCCUGUGACGGAGUGUACCUGCUUCCUCGCUGGAGCCCCAGCGCCUCCAUGUUUCUGGGCCCGUGUGGUCUGCCCUCCCAGAGAUUGGUGUGUUUCUGCAGCCUUGACCUUGCAAGUGAUUGCCAACCCUGUCCCGAGGGGCUCUGGGACUCUGCCAUCGUCUUUAGGAAAACAGGGUCAGGCUGGACGUGUUCUUUGCAGCCUUCCCCGCCAGCUUACUUCCUCCAUGUGCACGCCUGCAGAGGGUGUUCCCACCAGCCGUGUGAAGAGCGUCUCCGGGGCCAGUGGGAUCGGGGGUGCUGUAAUGGCCUGCUGUGUUUGGCCGACGGGAGCGGAGGCUUCAGAACAUACCCUGGCCUGAAUCGAACUCCUGCGCCCGAGCUGAGGCCCUCUGGGUUUCCCUGCCUAAGGGGAGCCAGAAAGGCUAGUGGCAGCGGCGGUCCUGGAUCCCCGCUCUGCCGCCCUGCACCUUGUAUUCCGCUUCUCUAGGCAGCCCAUGUCUGAGCAAUGGGCCUGCCUAAGGAGCCUAUGGGUGUCGGUGCGUCCCUGACCAGUCACCCGCACUGUCCUGGAGUUGGAGCAUGGAGUGGACAGAUCUCCCAGCCUCUGAGCACCCUGUGGACGCGUGCACACACCACUGAGCGCCCCAGCUUCAGCACUUCGUCCCCAUCCUGGGUGGGGGCUGUCACCGUUCUAUGCUGUGUCAGCACUCAGAGCACAAAUAAAGAAUGUCAC